AUGUCAGCGUCGAGUGGGACGAAAAUUAUCGCAAUUAUCGGCGGUACUGGAGCCAUGGGUCGUCCAAUUAUCGCUACAUUGAGUCAAACAAAUCAUUAUAAAUUGCAUGUGUUAACACGUGAUACUCAAAGUGAACAAGCAAAAACUAUUUCGAAAACAUAUCCAAAUGUCGAACUGAUCGAAGGUAAUUAUGCUGAUGAACAAUGUGUACGAAAAUUGUUCACAUCCGUCUAUGGCGUGUUUUGUAAUACCGAUAUUUGGAGUUGUGGUGGCUAUCAAAAUGAGAUCGAUCUAGGAAAGAUGAUAUUCAACAUUGCUAAAGAAAUGAAUGUACAACAUUUCAUCUACAGUUCACUUGAUCAUACACAAAAAUUGUUGGUUAAUCAUGGUGGAUAUCGAUGCUAUCAUUAUGAUGCCAAAGCAAUUGUAGCUGAAUACAUUGAAUCUCAUGAUCCAAAACAACAAAUACCAUGGACAAUAAUUACCACAGCUCCAUAUUUCGAAAAUUUUCAAUCAGUUUUUCUUCCAAAAAUAGAUCCUACUGAUCCUGAUCAACUGAUAUUUAUCUUUCCUAUGGCCGACAAACCUAUCGUCCUGGUGGCUCUUGACGAUAUUGCUUGGUUCGUUAAAUACAGUUUCGAAAAUCCGGACAAAUCUAUUGGAAAAAAUUAUCACAUUGCUGGUGAUAAUAUUACAAUGGAUGAACUUGUUCGAACUUUCAGUGAAGGUAAGUUUCAUAAACGAUGA